ACAACAGCAGCGCGGCCGGGGGCAAAAUAAUAGAAGGCGGAACGGUGUUGAGUCGUCCUCCGAGGAGUCGGCGUACUCCCCGAACAACCGCGACAAUGCGCCUCGACGCGACCGAAGACAGCGGCACCGGGUCAGCGUGUCCUCCGAUGACGAGGAGGAUAGCGAGGAGGACGACGACCUCGACGAAGAUAAUCCUGAGCAGGGCAACGUCGGAAUAAAUGUUGAAAACGGCAGAGUACAACAGAACCAGCAGCAGCACAGGCGCGAGGCGGGAAAUCAUGGUGCCGGGGGGCGUGGCGCGAACAAUGAGGUAGGACUACAGCAGCCACCGCCGCCGCCGGUCGUCGGGUGCCGGCGCUCCACGCGGUUGGAGAUCAAAAAGUGGAAGGCCACAAGGCUGUUCGGGGAACACAGCGAGCUCAGUUGCAUGCUCCAGGACCGGUCCAACCGGGGGCUGCUGAAUCUCCAGAACCACGGAUACACCUCCGAUCAGCUGCAGCGUGUCUGUAUGGAUUGCAAAAAUGUCUGGGUCUGGAAGAAUACAAACUCGUGAUGCGCAUUUCAGAACACAGAAAGAUCUCUCAUGCAUAGGUAGCAAAAGCUAAAGCUGCCCGCUUUCUGUCACCAGAAUGGGGGAUUCGUCAUGCGGAUUCGGCACGACGGAAGCUUCUCGAAACCUGUGGGCUAGAGCUUCUAUGCCGGACCUUCUGUGUCAUGCAAAAACAGCAUGACUCUUCACUUCCAGACCCAGACAUUUUUACAUUUGAUAGUCUGCAAACUGUGCAAGAAACUCAUGACCCCGUUCCCGAAGCCCGGCCUGGAGGAGGAUGCGGCCGCCAAGGAGCGGCGCGAGACGGCCAGCCAAAAGUUGGAAGAUGCGAUGAUGCAGGCGCUAAAAGACAUGUACAAUUCGGAGGACGAGUUCAACGCUUGGAACGAUUCUGGUACUGCUUUUAUUUAGAUCGGUCGUUGUUCGGCUAUUUAUUUAGAGGACAUUCAUAAAAAGUGUACUUCUUCACCUCUUCACCUCUUGUAGCUUAUUUUCUCCCACCAGCCAUGGGAAUAAAGAUUUUUAAGAUGUGGGAAUAAAGCGAAAUAUUAAGCCAGAGCACUUCCAGACCGUCGACAAUAAAUUGACGGACGCAAACAUCCAUGCAGGUAUGACCCCCUUGGCUGCGGUUCUUCGGGGCUACUUCAAGGACGGAGGUUACCACGGCAUCUUGCGGCGGUUGAAACUGUUUCACGAGAUCUUGGACCGCGGUGCCGACGUGCGGUUUCCCUUCGUGGCGGACGAAACCGCGGUGGAGCUCGGACCCAGUGUGUACGGUGGCUCGACGCACGUGUACUCGGUUCUGUAUCGCAAGGAAAAAAAGUGUGUAAGUGUAACUUUCUUUGAGGAACAGCAUCACAAAUGUGCUCUACAUGACAGAGAAAACCUGUCAUGCAUGGUUUGUAAGGGAAAAUACACAUGAAAAGAGGACUUCAUGGCUGCCUGGCAUGACAGGUGUAACUCUGUUGCAUCUUCUGCAGCACAAAUUUACACUUACUUACACAGUUUUUUUCCUGCGAUAUUCUGGAGUACACCUGCAUUCGGGGGUUCUGGGAGUUUUACGAGAUCAUCUGCGAUUGCUGGCCCGAUUACUAUCACAUGAUGCCGCCGGACGCGAUCUGCAAGCGCGUGAAGGAGGACAAGUGCGCGGUUCGGAUUAUCAAGAAGAUGAACUGGCACCGCCGGGGCUUGUACAUCCUGGCCCGGCACCGGAUACAGCAGAUGCGACGGGGCACCGCGCGCGCGGGGCAGCGGAUUUUGUUCACGCAGAACUUGGAGUCUGGGCACACCACCGCGCCCCUGGUUGGGGUUCACCACGAGAAGGGCGUCGCGUUCCGGGAGGCGUUUCCUCGCACCAAGGUCGUAGAAAUAAAGCCGAAGAGAAGACCGCGGCUGGUGAUCCCGGGAAAGUUGCUCACGGCAAGACAGAAGGCGAUUCUGCAGAUCAUCGGGAAAAAGGAAUUCAUUCAUCUGAUUCGGAUGACCUUCAGCAGCAAAAGCUACGCGCGACGGUACAAAGCGUGGCAGAAGCGGAGAAAGCAAGCAGUGGCGGCAGCGGCGGCAGCAGCGGCGGCGGGAGCAGCCGGAGCAGCACCAGCAGCUUCUUCUUCUGCCACUGCUGCAGGUGUUGUAGGAAAAAAUGCGACCGGUGCAGUUGUUCCGGAGGGAAUUGGAAACAAGGAGGUAGACGGCGCUCCACCAACUAAUGCCACCAGCGUACUGGCGCUUCCGCAAAAGCAGAGUUCACACUUCUUACAACUCAAAAAAAGUCCGGAGUGCAAGAAUGCGAAAGCUUCGAAAAGCCGCAGCAGACCACGAGGGCAACAAGGGGUGAAGAAGCAAAACGUGAAAACACUGAACUAUGCAGCGCUUUCACUCCUGUCCAUAAACAGCAUUCGGAAGCAGUGCCAGCACCUUCAGACGGGAGCUGGUGGCGACGAAAAAAAAUCAGAGCAGCAGCAGCUUGGUCGCAAUGAUAACGUGGUCGCGCAAGGCUGCAGCAAGGAGGGCAAGACGGAGCAAAAGGUGGAGGAUAAAGGAAAAACGUCAACGGAAAUAGACCCUACGAAUCUGAACAAGAAUUCUGAGGACAAGACGGACCCGGCAGUUGGAGAGCAAGAUCCAGCAAAACAGCUGCAGCUCGCCACGACGAAAUGCCCGACGAGGUUCGAUAGACGCGUGCUGUUAGAUCCCUGGAUGGCAUGUCCUUGGGUAGAUCCACUAAAGCACUUUUUCGCCGAGUACGCUCUGACGCUGAGGAAAAGGAAGAGAAAGGACGAAGGUCCUUUGUCGACCGAGGAAUUUGCAGAAAUUUGUUGCAAGUUUGUGAUCAAUUGCGAAGAACCGGUCUUUCGGAACAUUGUUGCUUUUUUGUAGCUAGAAGUGGCCACUAGCACUACGACUAGUAGCUGCGAUGUCAUCUUAUUGUACUCAGCAGAAGUCUGCGUCGGGGUCAUUCUCGAUGUCAAGACCUUGCUUGGCUGAGUAGACGGGAAUUGAUUUAUGUACUCUGGCUUGAAGCUGUACUAAAAUCAAAUGACAAAAAAUGACCUUUUUGAUGGUAAUCCGCCUUCAGGCCACAAGACUAGUUUAGUUCUCUGUGACCAGUCGCUUUACCUAUCAACACGACAGAAAUGAAAAAUAUCAUAUUGCGACCUCUUACUUUUGGCGACAACUCAUGGCAAUGCCUUCACUUUCAUACGGAUGUUAAACACGUUUUUCUCUUGCGAAAAGUAAGUAAU